CUCAAGUGCGACCGACCGUCCGGAGCGGAGCACACACAAGCGAACGGAUCCAGAGCAGCAGCAGUAGCAGCCAGAGCGCACCGUGCUGUGCCUUGUUUUGUUUUUUUUUUUGUUUCUUUUUUUUGUUUUCUGGGAAGGAGCUCAGCGGAAAAAAGAAGAAGGCACAGAAGGGGAGAGAAUGGGACGCCGGUGCCUUGAUCAGGACUGAGUUUGGUCGGCACACUGAGAGCUCCACUGACUCGUCUCCAAGUCCCCCCCUUUUCUCUCGGAGUCACCGCGUUUUCGCCGCUGACACAAUGGGCUGCUGCAGCGGACGAUGCACUCUGAUUUUCAUUUGCACUUUACAGCUGGUACUGGCCUUAGAAAGACAGGUCUUCGACUUCCUUGGCUACCAGUGGGCCCCCAUCCUCGCCAACUUCUUCCACAUCAUUAUCGUCAUCCUUGGCCUCUUUGGCACCAUCCAGUACCGGCCGCGCUACAUCAUUGUGUACACAGUAUGGGCCGCGCUCUGGGUCGCCUGGAACGUCUUCGUCAUCUGUUUCUACCUGGAUGUAGGAGGCCUGUCCAAGGACAGUGACCUGCUGACAUUUAACAUCUCAGCCCACCACUCCUGGUGGAGCGAACAUGGGCCCGGCUGCGUGAGGAGAGAGAUGCCACAGGCUCCGGGGGUCCGGACCACGGAGAGCCACUCCUACAUCACUGUCAUGGGCUGCCUCAUGGACUACCAGUACAUCGAGGUCAUGCAUAGCGGCACACAGAUUCUUGUUGCUCUCCUGGGCUUCGUGUACGCCUGUUAUGUUGUCAGCGCCAUCACCGAAGAGGAGGACAGCUUUGAUUUUAUUGGUGGAUUUGACCCAUUCCCACUCUACCAUGUAAAUGAGAAACCAUCUCAUUUCCUCUUAAAGCCCAUGUACCUGUCUACGUAAAUAGGAGAGCGUUCAGCAGGGAGGUGACACAGCGAUUUCUCAAAGAGACGAAAUGGGUGUUUUGACACAAACAUCCCAGUGCACUUCGGCACACCAGACGUUCCUCCCCCUUCUUGAUUUCAGUACUUUAAACAUGUCAUUUACUCGUGCGCUGCCCCGAAAAAGCCAACAUUUCUCAGUUAGGGUCCUUUGUGACGGGUUCAGGGAACGAGGGAUUUACAGUGUAACAAAGCGUGUAUUUAGAGGUGUUUGUGUAUCAAUCAUUUUCGUUGUGUUGAGCGCUCUGCUGAGAUCCCCGUCGCUGCUCCACUCCCCGAGACCGUGACUGUAUAGAACAUGUACAGCUAAUAAAUACGUUGUGUAUGUAAUCAGGGACUGCCCAGCAUUCCCAGUCUGUGGUGCUGUGUCUUAGAGGACUCAGUGAUUUAGCAUAUUACUGCUGGUUUGGCUCAGAUCUUGGCCGAAGGGCUGAAUUACAGUGGGAGCCUGUGGAAUGAGCCAUUGUGUGCUGCCUGUUUACUUUAGGCCAGGAUCUGCGUGCAUAAAUACAGACGCAAAGCAGGAAGAGGCAGGGGAGUAGAGAAGUAGAGUGCGGGGAGGGAACAAAAGCCCCAAACCUACAGGGGCAUCUUGUCAAAAAUAGAAAAUGUAAAUAAUGAAACUAAGGGGGGGAGAUUUUUUUUUUUUUUUUAUGAUGCAGAGUUUUGCAGUGUGAACUAUCAAGAAUGCAAAAGAGCGUUAGCCUGUAAGAGACGUUCAAACGCAAAGAAAUGGCAUGCGAGUCUUACUUUUAUUUCUGGAGUCUUAUUGUUGUGACUAUUUUCACCAACAGCAAAGUCAGUAUUUCUGAAGUGUCAGGUGUUAGAUGAUACGCUGAAAAGAUUUUAUUUUCAGAUCUCCUCUUCCAACUCCUGACAGAUGUGGCAUAGGUGAUCAUUACACACGCUCAAGCAAAGGUUACACGGCGUAUUUUUAACUUGAAGACAAACAAUAGGAAUUGUUUUACUGUUCGUGUUGCGCACAACAGUGUUGAGUCAUUUGGGUUUUUGGUCUUCAGCGUAGAAGCAGCUUCACCUGAAUAGAUCAGAGCGUUGUCUCCUGUCAGCUCAACAGUUUAAAUUCUCAAUGGUGAUAGUCUCGGUUGUGAUCGUUUUCUAGCAUGUUUUUCUUUUUAAACAGGGUUUGUAUUGUAAUUAUGUGUAUAGCAUACUGAGUAAUAACAAAAUAGCAAAACUGGUGUCUUUAACUGGCCACAAAUGAGCUGGUUGAACUGUAACUGAGAGCUUUUUUUUAUGGAGUUGUGUCAUUCUUGGAUUUGUUGUAUUCUGACCCAGCAACAUGAUGACUUCUCUGAGUGUAGAAACAUGGGUCAUAUCUCCUAUACUGAUUUGCAGCACUUUUUUUUUUCUCGAACUGGGAUAUUGUCUCUAACACCUCCUGUUGUCUUACUGCCUGUGUGAAUCACUGCUGUCCCCUGGUGGUUAAAGUGUUCAUGCACAGUUUGCAAGGCUUCUGAGUUUCUGCUUUGUGUUGGAUCUUCCAUAAAUCUCCAUAUUCUGUCAUAUAUUUGUUUGCAGAUGAUAGUAAAUCUUAAAACGGUAUGCUAGUGUGUAAUUUUCAUGUAGGAAAACAUUGGCGGAACAGUCAGUUCUAUUCUACAUCAUUUAGAUUUAGGAUUUUUUUUUUGUCUCUCACUAAUUUUGAAUCUAGUGUAUUUUCAGUAUGUCAUUUGUUUGGUUGCAAUAUUCUGUGGUGCAAAGACUGAACCUUUUUUUUUUUUUUAAAUCAGAAGAGUUGUGAACAAAGAAGUUGCUUUGGAUGAUUUCGGUUCUUUUUGUCUUUUGUCAGCACCCACAAAUAUCAAGUGACUGUCAGAUUCCUCUGUGAUAUUAGAUGUACUUCACUGCCAGAUAGACCGCCUACAAACUGUUACGAUUCUGAAAAAAAAAAUCAUCCGACUACUUCUGCUACUACUUUCAGAAUGAUGAGAGCGAGCCACUUUGAUUUGAUCCGUCAGCUCUCUGUUUGAGAGAUGCAAUAAUUUGUAUGUCCUUAUUGUCUUUAUAAUUUAAGGUUUGCACACUCCUGGUAGGCUAACUGGUGUGUGGUUAGUAGAAACACAAAGCACCUCAUAUUGUAACAUUAUCAGUAUUAGCAGCGAAAUGCUAGUAAAAUUGUUAUGUAAAAAGUAGUCUUCCUCUCAGUGCAAUACAGCCUUUUCCUAAGCCCGAGUGACUGGUAUUAGGUGGAAGCUGUCAUGGUUGUGUAUGUGCUAGUCUCCACUGAAAAAGAUUCCACCUCUUUGUAGAUAAGUCUUUUUCUUUUUAUAGGAAGUGGAAAAGAUUAUUUUUCUCCUCUGUUUUGUGUCCUGUUUUGCUCUAACCCCAUGUGACCCGACUGUGUAAUCCUAUUUAUCCAGAACUGUGCUUUGUGUUCAUGUAAAUAGGUGUUUGUUAAUAAUAAUAAAAAAGAAUGUGCUCUUUUAACAGUC